GUGGCAGAAAGACGCAAGAAAGUUGUUCUACGCAAACUACCGCAGUUUUUGACUGAGAAUGAGUUCAGAGAAAUGAUAUCUCCUAUUCCUCCUCAUGACUAUUUUCGAUUUUGUGCUUAUGAUGCUUUCUUCGAUGGUUGCGAAUUAUGCAGGGCCUAUAUAAAUUUUAGGGAUUCGGAAUCCGCGAAACAUUUCAUAGAGCGCUUCAAUGAUUAUGUUUUUGUUGACUCUCAGGGAAAUGAAUCAAAUGCUGAAGUGAGCUUUGCAAUUAACCAGGACACUCCAAAAGUUGUCAAGGCUCGCAGAGAUCCCAGUGCAUGCACCAUUGAAGGCGAUAAGCUUUAUAAAAAGUUCUUGGAAUGUCAGAAAGAAAGACCCAAAACAAGUGAUGAUUGUGAUGCUGAAAAACCUCCAUGGGAAGUUAUUUUAGAAGAAAUCGAAAAACUUGAAGCAAAUCCUAUUCCCGAAUCCGAAACAAAUCUGCUACGCGCCUUGACAAGUAAACUGGAACGUCGCAAAGCUAAAGCAGCAGGUAGACGCUCUGUCAAGGGUAAUAAAACCACCAAGAAGGCUCGGCAAAGACACCCCCAUAGAGUCUCCCCCUCACCAAAGAAGGAGGAAUCUGAUUCGACAGCACAACCGAAAGAACCAAUUGCACAGUCAUCAAGGCCUCCUAAAGAAGUCAAGGAAAAGGCUUCUUCAAAUCGCAGACCUCCAAGACCUAAUCGUCAGCCUAAUCCCCCUCCCAAACAUCAAUCGGAGACCCCUCAUUCUGAGGAACAUCGGCGUGAAAUGUCUGAGAGUGAAACUGUGAAACAACCACCGUCUACUCAUUCACGUGAUCAGCCAAGAAAUAAUAAAAGACGAGGUGGUAGUCGUGGGAAACAUCCACUGUCAUAUUCUGCUUUGUAA